AUGUUCGGCAGCGCACGACACGCGAGGCACCUCGCCACGAGCGCCGAACCGCCCUCCGCCGGCGAGUUCGCAAAGGCGGCCGAAGAAACGCUCGAAGAUCUGCAAGAUCGACUCGAGGAGGCUGGCCUCGACGAAGAUCUCGACAUCUCCUACUCAGAUGGAGUGCUGACGAUCCGGCUGGGUGACAAAGGCACAUACGUGAUCAACAAGCAGACCCCGAACCGCCAGCUCUGGUUCUCUUCUCCCAUCAGCGGGCCGAAGCGGUUCGACUACGUGGCCACCGAGGGCAAGUGGCUCGACACGAGGGAGCGUGAGCCCCUCCACCAACUCCUCUACGCCGAACUCGAACAGCUCACUGGCGUGUCCCUUUCGUGA